AUGCCUCGUCGUUCUCAGAGGUUGCUAGAAAACGUUCUCCGGCUCGCAGUUGCAGCUCGAAAUCAGUUUCCCCCGUUCUGUCGGGCAGAAGGAAUCUCACCCCGUGCCCCAGAUUCAAUAACCGUUAACCUUGUCCCUAUCUGUGCGCAGGGCUGUCUAUCCUUAUUUAUACAGUCCAAUUUCCCGGCCGCCAAUUGCGCGAAUUCUCGCGAUCUUUUCUGUCUAUGUACUAGAAGGUCAAUUUCAGGGUAUACCCUUGGCGAAGGUGCCCUACGCUGUGUGAUAUCCUCGUGUUUGAACCCUGGGAGCGAGGAUUUACGGUUAUAUGCGAUUUGCUCCGGGAUACGAAAUGCCAUUCCGAAUACACAUACUGUCAUCACGGCCACGGCCCUAGCGAGGCACACGUCCACGGCUACGGUCAUGACGACAAAGCUACAUUCAAGUUCAACUCAUUCAAAUACCUCGUUUAAGGCCACGCGACUUACAACUUCACACACAAGCGUAACCACUUCUUCCUCUCUGGAAAUACGAACCAGUUUAAGGACGAGCCAACGACCUUUACCCACGACCCAUUUAUCCAGUAUCUCGACCUUAGCUCAACCAACAGCAAUUCCUUCAGAGCCCCCUGUCCCACCCAAUGUUGCAGCUCCUCUCAAUAAAGGGCAGGUAAUAGGGGUUUCAAUUGCAGGUGCAGUUUCAGGGUCAUUUUUAUUGGCCUUGCUCAUCUUAUUCAUUUUACGACGCCAUCGUGAUAAAGUUUUAGCACUGAAGGAGAGCGGAUUCGAAAUUGGUGGACAGAUGUCCGAGCCUCCUCGACAGGAUACCCUGGCUGGCUAUCGAGGCGAUCCGACUGUGAGAACGCCUGUUGGCUUAUAUAACGAACCAGUUGUUCAUCGGCUUACACUUUCCAAUAAUAUUGUCCAGCAAUCAGCUGCUGCUACUACUGUUAAUGGUUUGCCACUGACCAAUUACCAGCACAGUGACGACGAUGAUGCAAGUCUGUCAACCCCCAAAGCGUCAAAGGCACCCCCUAGACUCUCAUUGCUGCUCCCCGAAAAACCAAAUUAUGAAAUACUUUCCCAGCACCAUCCGAGUACCAAAAGUGCGGGGCGUCGACCAGACAGCUCAGCCACGGUAUUUGAAGAAGAAGGUGAGAAGGAUAGGAGAGCUUUUUUAGCUGCGAAAAAUGGCAAUGGUCAGCAAAGCCAACACUCAAACAACAGAUAUAAUUACACGGCCGCAUAUCAAACCGAUUCGCGGCGGCUAGGGCAUGGCUAUCCAUACCCGACAUGUCAGAAUAAUGGACGACAGCAACAACAGCAACAGCAGCAGCGCCCACGCCAACGGCAGCAGCCUCCAAGCUUGAGACUUGUAACCCCUUCCAACGGAAAUAAUUCUCAGACCCUAAUCAAUAUGACUAGUUCCGCUCCAUUAGUCUACCCAUACCGACGUGUGGAAUUUGGAUCGUCUAUUCACCCCAUCGGACCGCCAUCAAACGGACACUCAGGUGGCUAUUCACAGGAUGGGUUCGGAGCUGCAGCUGGAAGGAUCAGGAGCCCAGUCGAACACCAAUCGAGUCAGAAUAGGCGACAAGCAAACCAUCGAACUUCCGUUUCGUCAAUUACGAGCUUUGAGUCCGUAGAGUCAGACGACGGGAAUAGGCGUAAUGCUGCAACCUCUUUAAAGCGUGCCACGCUCCGCCUUAGCCCCGUCAGAGAGGGGCCUCCCUCCCCAGACUUAAACGCCUAUUCAAACCCUACAGUCAGGCCGCUAAGGUACCAGACAGCGAAUCGACGAUCUGUUCGGUUUAACGACAUCGUUCAAGUUCAAGGAGGAAGAAGCAGUAACCUUCCAAUAGGAAGCAGGGGGGAUAGCAGCGCACGUCUCUAUCAGCCGUAUCAAUAUCCAUAUCCAUAUCCAGACCCAGGUCGAUCCGUUGCUGCCAAGGCUAUUCCUAAAUUCCCAAAGUUCCAUCAACCACUCCGCCCGCCCGUAUUUCCGGCAAGCCAGCAGCAACAGCAGCCUCUAUAUUCACCAUAUGCCAACAAUGAACAGCGAAAUAGCGGGGCCAGCAGCAACAGCAGCCUCCUAAGCAAGCGUCGUGGAGAAGCCGUGGCGGAUAGGAUGGAGAGAGAAUUGGAUGUUAACAAGGCCAGCCCACUGCGGCCCAAUCCGUUGAAAGCCGUGGAGAACCCAAUAGUGGAAACUGAGACGCCAUCACCGUCAUUGGCGUUGAAGCGGCAGAAGGAGCUGGCCCAGCGACAAAAGCAGAGACAGGGCCUAGAUGAGACAGAUAAAUGGGAAGAUGACGAUAAAGAGUUGUCGGAACAGGGAGCCCAGAAGGGAACAAAAUUAACUCCCAAGAGACGAGGGCCAGAUUUAUAUCUUAAUGUUGAGUGA